CAACCCAGACCAGGACCAAGAUGAAGUGUGUAGAGGUCACAAGAAGAAGAAGAGGAAGCAGAAGAGGCAGGAGCACGUAGUGGGAGAAUGUUGUUGUCCCGCUCAGGCCGCCCCUUCCUCUCCCCCAGGUCACCCUCGCGCCUCCUCGUCCCGCUGGCCAACUACACCAGCAACUACAGACUAGCAGAAGUUGGCCGCUUUGAGUCUCCAAAACUGACAGGCAAAUAUGAGACUGGGCAGCUGUUUCUACAUCGGGUGUUUGGGUACCGUGGGGUGGUACUCUUUCCAUGGCUGGCUCGUGUCUAUGACAGAGAUGUGCCCAACAAAAAGGAGUCUAAACCAAUAGAAGAAAGUAUGAACUAUAAUCAGGUAGGAAAAGAAGUGAAGGGGCGUGCUCACACCUAUUAUCAAGUCUUAAUCGACUCCCGAGAUUGUCCUUACAUUAGAGCCCAGACUGAAGCUGUUACAUUCCUUGGCAACCAGGACAAUGGGAGGACUCUGUAUGCUGUGCCUGGGUUAGACUACAUUGGGCAUGAGGAUGUGAUGCCCUACACAGCUGGCAAUAAGAGGCCUAUCAGACAUGAUUUGUUUGACAAGUUCCUUGUUCAUUCAUCUGACAAAGACCCUCCAUUUUGUGCCCGCGAUACCCUUAUGGCAUGGCAGGAGCGCAACCACCCAUGGCUCGAAUUGUCUGAUGUCCACAAGGAAACCACAGAGAACAUCAGAGUCACAGUGAUACCCUUCUAUAUGGGCUGCAGAGAGUCUCAGAAUGCUAAUGUCUAUUGGUGGCGGUAUUGUAUUCGCUUAGAAAAUCUUGGAGAACUGACAGUACAGCUAAGAGAGAGGCACUGGCGUAUCUUCAGCUUAUCUGGAACCCUAGAAACAGUACGAGGGCGAGGUGUGGUGGGUCAGGAGCCAGUUCUCUCCAGCCAACAGCCAGCCUUUCAGUAUUCUUCUCAUGUGUCACUCCAGGCUCCCUCAGGACACAUGUGGGGCACCUUUAGGAUGGAGAGGGAAGAUGGAUUUACCUUUGAUUGCCGUAUACCCCCAUUCUCAUUGGAAAGUAAACAGGAUGACAGUUCUCAGCCAAGUGGUAUAAUAUAGUGCAAUGAUUAACAUGUAUUUACUUUAGUAGCAUCUUUGAUUAAACCUGUAUAAACAUUAUAAUUUAUAAGUUAUAUAGUGUGUAAGUAAUCCUCAGAAUACGUCAGACAAGCAUACAAUGUUGCCACUUGUGGCUUAGUUGUAUGACCAUGACAUAAGUAUUGAAAUGUGUGUAUAUAUAAUCAUUCAUAAGACAGAAUCUUCUGUCUUUUGAGCAAAUAGUAGGGAUAAAAGUUGAUCUGCCUUAAUUCUGUCUAGGCAGCACCUUCAAUUUUCUCAUUCAAGUUCAAAUUCCUUGACACGCUUCUUGUAAGCAAUCUACACAUUAAAGAAUUUGUGAUACGG